GUCUGCAUCAAAUUCAACUAUGGCAGAUAUUGAAGCUCUCAGCGAAGAUUUGCAAAAAAUUGCUAUAGAACAAUUAAAUGAAGUUCCGGCAAGAAUACCAGAAUAUUUACAAAAAUUGAAGACAUGGAUUCUAAAGCAACCUCAUCUGAAAUCCCGUACCAAUGAUCAGUUCCUUAUACAAUUUCUCAGAUUCUGCAAGUACAAUUUGGAGGAGGCAAAACAGAAAGUGGACUCAUUCUAUACACAAAAAACUAAAUAUCCAGAUUGGUUUGGAACCACCGAUGUAGAUAGGCCCAAAUUUCGAGAAAUACACAAUUUGUGUUGUACCUCAGUGUUGCCCAUGCCUUUGCAUGGUUGUGGUCCUCGUAUAGUGAUUUAUCGUUAUUGGUAUCCAAUUGAAAAGUAUGCAAUGGAGGAAAUUAUUGAGACUUGUGUGGCCACAAUUGAAUCAUUCAUAAUGACCGAUCCUUAUGCUUGUAUAUGCGGUGUUCUUUAUUUACUGGACAUGGCCGAAAUAACUCCAGAAAAAAUUGAACAAUAUACACCUAGAGUCUUAAAAAAGCUUGAUGUAUUUUAUGAUAAGUACAUACCAUUCCAUUCGAUAGGCUUCUACUUCUUCAAUAUACCACCGUUUGCCGAAAAAUUCUUUCAACAAUAUUUGGAAAGCCUUCCGAAAGAUUUCCGCAAGAAUGUUCUUAUCACUGGGAAAAAUAUAAACCACAUAACGGAUAAGGUGCCGCUGAAAUAUUUACCCAAAGAUUAUGGUGGUGAAAAUGGUUGCCUCAAAGAUCUGGCGAAGGAAUUCAACAAAGUUUGGGACAACCGAAAAACUUACUUCCAAGAGAAUGCUCAGUAUGGUGUAGAUGAACAGUUAAGAGAAAUUCCUGCUACAAAUUUUGAUAUCAAGUAUCAUGAUAGCGAUUGGAUCAUUAUAGAUUAAAGGCAGAUGGUUUCAAAUAAAGUUAAUUUCGUCAACUUUGUGGCAAACCAAUAACAAGGCACAAUUCUUUUUUC